AUGUUUGAUGUGAUCUCAUCCAGGGCCAGAGAGGGUGACAUCUGAAACAGACAGAGGGAUGACACUCAGGGAAUCAAGGAGGCCUGAGAGCAAAGGGCCUUGGGUAUGACUUCCUGGAAAGAAAACCUCCUUCAUUAACAAAUGUGGAUGAAUCUGGAGAGAAAGAAGAGGAGCAGAAGGCAUGUUUGCCUCAGCUGUGAGGAAGUGGGAAUCAAGAACCCAAGAAAAGCCAAGUCAACUUCUACCCUCUGAGGGGAGAGACUCCUUUGUCUGUGGAUGAGACUUUGUGAAGAUGUGAUGCCCGAGCAGCAGCAAGCAUUUUGUAACUAUGAAGUGACAAGCCCACAGAAGAAAAGCCAACAAAAUGAUAGGAGAGUGUUUUAAGAAGACUGAGUCCUUGAUGACAUCAUUGAAUAGGGUGUUUGUUGUGCUUCUCAAGGCUCCACAGUGUUCUCAAGUGUGUCCUGUCCAAGCCAUUGGGACAUCUGGGGUGGAUAUCAGGAAGUGUGCAGCUCUGUGGAUGAAAAGUUUGCUGUGGAGAUCUGUUCUUGUGAGAAGGUACCUGCAAACUUGGUCUCAGGGUCAAACCAGCAUCGGUGUCACACCGGCAUCUCACCUCCUCUCAGUGUGGAAACCAUUUUCCCGUCAAGUCCCCAUCUUCUCAUACCCAAAGCAGCUUAUAAAGAGAAGGUAUUUCUUAGACCCGGGAAGGCGGCAACAGCUACAUGACCCCAAGUCCCAGCUCUGCUUGACCACCAUUUGAGCUCGCACUCUGCUACUGGGCAUCAUGGAGGUCCCCGCUGCUGUCCUUGCUGUCCUGCUCCUCACCGCGGCCCUCUGUUCUCAGACCUGCUCUGCCUCAUUUGGUGCCAACAUCCCGACCGCCUGCUGCUUCUCCUAUAUAUCCCGGCGGAUUCCGCGCAAAUUCAUCGUGGACUAUUAUGAGACCAGCAACCUCUGCUCCAAGUCUGGUGUCAUCUUUCAGACCAAAAGAGCCUGGCAGGUGUGUGCUGACCCCAGGGAGGACUGGGUCCAGGAGUAUAUCACCCACCUGGAUCUGAAUGCCUGAGUCACCUGGCAGCUGCA